UGAACCAGAGUAAGUGGCUUUGCUCGGAAAAUAGACUUUACGGACCUUUCGCCUGACUUACCGUUUUCAACAACACUUUUAUAAAUCUGAAAAUUAUUUAACCCCAUCUAACGUUAACCCUAUUUCAAGUUGAAUUUGGCCAUUUUUUUUAAUUUUGAACUGUGUAUGCUGUAUAAGAACGGAGAUACAUCAUGACCACCAGAAGGAAGGCUAAAAAAACUAUUGAGGACACUCAAACCGAGGAUAAAUAUCAAGAUAAAGAAAAUUUACUGAGAGCUUUAGACGAUCAUGGACCUAGUGUGCUCUACGAUUUUGAGCUUUUGAAGUCGUAUUUUCCUUCUAAAUCUGACGGCCAAGUAAAAUUUCUGGUCGAUUCUUAUGAGAAAAAAGGUAAAGAUCUCAGUCUCAAACAAAAUUAUUUGGAUCGAUUCACCGAAAUGAAGAAUGUAAAUCAGUGGUUAUCAGUUAUUUCAAACUGCGUUCCUUUCCCCGCUAAAAAAGACGAUUUCUCUCGUGUUUUGUUGGAUAUUUUCACCCAGUUUUCUGAAGAUACGAUGAAUGACUAUUACGAUAAGGUAAAUGGUGAUGAGGAAGAGGAAGAAGACGCUAGAGAUCCUGAGGAUGAUGAGGAUACUGACGCUGGUGAGGAUAAUGAAACUAAUGAGGACAAUGAAGAAGAUGAGCAAGAGGAGCAAGAUGAAAACAAUCAUAACAAUGAGAGUGGAAAUGGUCAGGAAAAUCUGCAAGAUGCUACUUCUGGAACUGUCGAUGUAGAAGAGAUAGAUUAUAACGCUAUCUAUUCUUACUUCAAUGAAAUAUUAAAUAGAAGGUUUCCAUUCCAGCUUCAAGAUAAAGAAGCGGCAAUAGCUCUUUCUCUGAUGACAAAUAUUCGUGAGAUGGUUGAACUGUUAAGAAAUGAAAAUGAGAAAUCUUUUUUGCAAGCUGAAUCUUGGUGGAAACCAACUGCAGCUAUCACCAACGGUACAAUAAAUGGUCAAGCUGAUAAUCCUAAUGGUAAUGGAACAGCUAGUAAUAGUGCAAAUAAUGGAAUUAAUCGUGAUCAACCUGAAUAUUAUGAAGAUUUACCUCGAUUUCGUAAAAUAAGAGAUUGUUUGAACCCUCUUAAAAUUCCCAGCUGGAUCUUAAAUGACAAUCACGACCUAUUGUCUUCGUAUCUCAUUUAACUGCAUUAUCAAUUAGUCCUAAAAAGACAAAAAAGAUUUUGGUUUCAUCUCAUUGAUGGAUUUUAUUUAAAUUUCCAUUAGACAUUAAGUGAAAUCCAAUGAAAAGACUUGAUGGCCUAAAAGAGUCAACUUUUACUCAAAGUUCUUAAUAAAAUAAUCAUAAAGUCUCAGCCCCAGUUACAAAAGUUAUCCACGGUAAAGCGUGUCGAACAUCCGUGAAUAUGCUGGGUUUCCUGGGAAAAGCACAAACAUCAGAUGGUUUCCAAGAAAAGACUCCGAGUAAAUACCACCUUUGACGAAAGGGGUACAUAAGUGGUCCUCCAUCGUCACCCUAAAAAGUGAAUGUAUGUAAAAAGUCUUAGACUAUAAGAAGUUCAACUUGCGAAUCAUCUCUACUUACAAAGCAUACAUCAGCACCAGGUUUAGCCGCACAAAACAUAGUAUUUGUAAUCACAUUUUGAUAAAACGAACGACAAGUUGAUGCAGUGAUAAGAUCUAAUUUGACUUGACGAAGCUUAUUUGUUGGAGUUGAACCUAUUUUUUAUAAUUUUAAUAAUUGUUAUUUAAUAAAUUUUGUACUUCUGUGAACUUA